AUGAUUAUGGAUGGGCAGCUCAGCCAAGUAUUCGAGGACAAUGAAAGUGACAGUGGCUCUGAUUCUGACAGUAGUUGUGAUGAUGAUGAUGAUAAUAGCAAUGACAAAUACAGUAGUGAUGAGCUUGAGGCAAUUGAAUUUAUAAUUGAUAAUGAUGGCCAUGUGGAGGCGACGAGGAGAACGAGGCAACGAGGAGAACAGGGCGACGAGGAGAACAGGGCGACGAGGAGAACAAGGCGACGAGGAGAACAAGGCGACGAGGAGAACAAGGCAACGAGGAGAACAAGGCAACGAGGAGAACAAGGCAACGAGGAGAAGAAGGCAACGAGGAGAAGAAGGCAACGAGGAGAAGAAGGCAACGAGGAGAAGAAGGCAACGAGGAGAAGAAGGCAACGAGGAGAAGAAGGCAACGAGGAGAAGGAGGCAACGAGGAGAAGGAGGCAACGAGGAGAAGGAGGCAACGAGGAGAAGGAGGCAACGAGGAGAAGGAGGCAACGAGGAGAAGGAGGCAACGAGGAGAAGGAGGCAACGAGGAGAAGGAGGCAACGAGGAGAAGGAGGCAACGAGGAGAAGGAGGCAACGAGGAGAAGGAGGCAACGAGGAGAAGGAGGCAACGAGGAGAAGGAGGCAACGAGGAGAAGGAGGCAACGAGGAGAAGGAGGCAACGAGGAGAAGGAGGCAACGAGGAGAAGGAGGCAACGAGGAGAAGGAGGCAACGAGGAGAAGGAGGCAACGAGGAGAACAAGGCAACGAGGAGAACAAGGCAACGAGGAGAACAAGGCAACGAGGAGAACAAGGCAACGAGGAGAACAAGGCAACGAGGAGAACAAGGCAACGAGGAGAACAAGGCAACGAGGAGAACAAGGCAACGAGGAGAACAAGGCAACGAGGAGAACAAGGCAACGAGGAGAACAAGGCAACGAGGAGAACAAGGCAACGAGGAGAACAAGGCAACGAGGAGAACAAGGCAACGAGGAGAACAAGGCAACGAGGAGAACAAGGCAACGAGGAGAACAAGGCAACGAGGAGAACAAGGCAACGAGGAGAACAAGGCAACGAGGAGAACAAGGCAACGAGGAGAACAAGGCAACGAGGAGAACAAGGCAACGAGGAGAACAAGGCAACGAGGAGAACAAGGCAACGAGGAGAACAAGGCAACGAGGAGAACAAGGCAACGAGGAGAACAAGGCAACGAGGAGAACAAGGCAACGAGGAGAACAAGGCAACGAGGAGAACAAGGCAACGAGGAGAACAAGGCAACGAGGAGAACAAGGCAACGAGGAGAACAAGGCAACGAGGAGAACAAGGCAACGAGGAGAACAAGGCAACGAGGAGAACAAGGCAACGAGGAGAACAAGGCAACGAGGAGAACAAGGCAACGAGGAGAACAAGGCAACGAGGAGAACAAGGCAACGAGGAGAACAAGGCAACGAGGAGAACAAGGCAACGAGGAGAACAAGGCAACGAGGAGAACAAGGCAACGAGGAGAACAAGGCAACGAGGAGAACAAGGCAACGAGGAGAACAAGGCAACGAGGAGAACAAGGCAACGAGGAGAACAAGGCAACGAGGAGAACAAGGCAACGAGGAGAACAAGGCAACGAGGAGAACAAGGCAACGAGGAGAACAAGGCAACGAGGAGAACAAGGCAACGAGGAGAACAAGGCAACGAGGAGAACAAGGCAACGAGGAGAACAAGGCAACGAGGAGAACAAGGCAACGAGGAGAACAAGGCAACGAGGAGAACAAGGCAACGAGGAGAACAAGGCAACGAGGAGAACAAGGCAACGAGGAGAACAAGGCAACGAGGAGAACAAGGCAACGAGGAGAACAAGGCAACGAGGAGAACAAGGCAACGAGGAGAACAAGGCAACGAGGAGAACAAGGCAACGAGGAGAACAAGGCAACGAGGAGAACAAGGCAACGAGGAGAACAAGGCAACGAGGAGAACAAGGCAACGAGGAGAACAAGGCAACGAGGAGAACAAGGCAACGAGGAGAACAAGGCAACGAGGAGAACAAGGCAACGAGGAGAACAAGGCAACGAGGAGAACAAGGCAACGAGGAGAACAAGGCAACGAGGAGAACAAGGCAACGAGGAGAACAAGGCAACGAGGAGAACAAGGCAACGAGGAGAACAAGGCAACGAGGAGAACAAGGCAACGAGGAGAACAAGGCAACGAGGAGAACAAGGCAACGAGGAGAACAAGGCAACGAGGAGAACAAGGCAACGAGGAGAACAAGGCAACGAGGAGAACAAGGCAACGAGGAGAACAAGGCAACGAGGAGAACAAGGCAACGAGGAGAACAAGGCAACGAGGAGAACAAGGCAACGAGGAGAACAAGGCAACGAGGAGAACAAGGCAACGAGGAGAACAAGGCAACGAGGAGAACAAGGCAACGAGGAGAACAAGGCAACGAGGAGAACAAGGCAACGAGGAGAACAAGGCAACGAGGAGAACAAGGCAACGAGGAGAACAAGGCAACGAGGAGAACAAGGCAACGAGGAGAACAAGGCAACGAGGAGAACAAGGCAACGAGGAGAACAAGGCAACGAGGAGAACAAGGCAACGAGGAGAACAAGGCAACGAGGAGAACAAGGCAACGAGGAGAACAAGGCAACGAGGAGAACAAGGCAACGAGGAGAACAAGGCAACGAGGAGAACAAGGCAACGAGGAGAACAAGGCAACGAGGAGAACAAGGCAACGAGGAGAACAAGGCAACGAGGAGAACAAGGCAACGAGGAGAACAAGGCAACGAGGAGAACAAGGCAACGAGGAGAACAAGGCAACGAGGAGAACAAGGCAACGAGGAGAACAAGGCAACGAGGAGAACAAGGCAACGAGGAGAACAAGGCAACGAGGAGAACAAGGCAACGAGGAGAACAAGGCAACGAGGAGAACAAGGCAACGAGGAGAACAAGGCAACGAGGAGAACAAGGCAACGAGGAGAACAAGGCAACGAGGAGAACAAGGCAACGAGGAGAACAAGGCAACGAGGAGAACAAGGCAACGAGGAGAACAAGGCAACGAGGAGAACAAGGCAACGAGGAGAACAAGGCAACGAGGAGAACAAGGCAACGAGGAGAACAAGGCAACGAGGAGAACAAGGCAACGAGGAGAACAAGGCAACGAGGAGAACAAGGCAACGAGGAGAACAAGGCAACGAGGAGAACAAGGCAACGAGGAGAACAAGGCAACGAGGAGAACAAGGCAACGAGGAGAACAAGGCAACGAGGAGAACAAGGCAACGAGGAGAACAAGGCAACGAGGAGAACAAGGCAACGAGGAGAACAAGGCAACGAGGAGAACAAGGCAACGAGGAGAACAAGGCAACGAGGAGAACAAGGCAACGAGGAGAACAAGGCAACGAGGAGAACAAGGCAACGAGGAGAACAAGGCAACGAGGAGAACAAGGCAACGAGGAGAACAAGGCAACGAGGAGAACAAGGCAACGAGGAGAACAAGGCAACGAGGAGAACAAGGCAACGAGGAGAACAAGGCAACGAGGAGAACAAGGCAACGAGGAGAACAAGGCAACGAGGAGAACAAGGCAACGAGGAGAACAAGGCAACGAGGAGAACAAGGCAACGAGGAGAACAAGGCAACGAGGAGAACAAGGCAACGAGGAGAACAAGGCAACGAGGAGAACAAGGCAACGAGGAGAACAAGGCAACGAGGAGAACAAGGCAACGAGGAGAACAAGGCAACGAGGAGAACAAGGCAACGAGGAGAACAAGGCAACGAGGAGAACAAGGCAACGAGGAGAACAAGGCAACGAGGAGAACAAGGCAACGAGGAGAACAAGGCAACGAGGAGAACAAGGCAACGAGGAGAACAAGGCAACGAGGAGAACAAGGCAACGAGGAGAACAAGGCAACGAGGAGAACAAGGCAACGAGGAGAACAAGGCAACGAGGAGAACAAGGCAACGAGGAGAACAAGGCAACGAGGAGAACAAGGCAACGAGGAGAACAAGGCAACGAGGAGAACAAGGCAACGAGGAGAACAAGGCAACGAGGAGAACAAGGCAACGAGGAGAACAAGGCAACGAGGAGAACAAGGCAACGAGGAGAACAAGGCAACGAGGAGAACAAGGCAACGAGGAGAACAAGGCAACGAGGAGAACAAGGCAACGAGGAGAACAAGGCAACGAGGAGAACAAGGCAACGAGGAGAACAAGGCAACGAGGAGAACAAGGCAACGAGGAGAACAAGGCAACGAGGAGAACAAGGCAACGAGGAGAACAAGGCAACGAGGAGAACAAGGCAACGAGGAGAACAAGGCAACGAGGAGAACAAGGCAACGAGGAGAACAAGGCAACGAGGAGAACAAGGCAACGAGGAGAACAAGGCAACGAGGAGAACAAGGCAACGAGGAGAACAAGGCAACGAGGAGAACAAGGCAACGAGGAGAACAAGGCAACGAGGAGAACAAGGCAACGAGGAGAACAAGGCAACGAGGAGAACAAGGCAACGAGGAGAACAAGGCAACGAGGAGAACAAGGCAACGAGGAGAACAAGGCAACGAGGAGAACAAGGCAACGAGGAGAACAAGGCAACGAGGAGAACAAGGCAACGAGGAGAACAAGGCAACGAGGAGAACAAGGCAACGAGGAGAACAAGGCAACGAGGAGAACAAGGCAACGAGGAGAACAAGGCAACGAGGAGAACAAGGCAACGAGGAGAACAAGGCAACGAGGAGAACAAGGCAACGAGGAGAACAAGGCAACGAGGAGAACAAGGCAACGAGGAGAACAAGGCAACGAGGAGAACAAGGCAACGAGGAGAACAAGGCAACGAGGAGAACAAGGCAACGAGGAGAACAAGGCAACGAGGAGAACAAGGCAACGAGGAGAACAAGGCAACGAGGAGAACAAGGCAACGAGGAGAACAAGGCAACGAGGAGAACAAGGCAACGAGGAGAACAAGGCAACGAGGAGAACAAGGCAACGAGGAGAACAAGGCAACGAGGAGAACAAGGCAACGAGGAGAACAAGGCAACGAGGAGAACAAGGCAACGAGGAGAACAAGGCAACGAGGAGAACAAGGCAACGAGGAGAACAAGGAGAACAAGGCAACGAGGAGAACAAGGCAACGAGGAGAACAAGGCAACGAGGAGAACAAGGCAACGAGGAGAACAAGGCAACGAGGAGAAGAAGGCAACGAGGAGAAGAAGGCAACGAGGAGAAGAAGGCAACGAGGAGAAGAAGGCAACGAGGAGAAGAAGGCAACGAGGAGAAGAAGGCAACGAGGAGAAGAAGGCAACGAGGAGAAGAAGGCAACGAGGAGAAGAAGGCAACGAGGAGAAGAAGGCAACGAGGAGAAGAAGGCAACGAGGAGAAGAAGGCAACGAGGAGAAGAAGGCAACGAGGAGAAGAAGGCAACGAGGAGAACAAGGCAACGAGGAGAACAAGGCAACGAGGAGAAGAAGGCAACGAGGAGAAGAAGGCAACGAGGAGAAGAAGGCAACGAGGAGAACAAGGCAACGAGGAGAACAAGGCAACGAGGAGAACAAGGCAACGAGGAGAACAAGGCAACGAGGAGAACAAGGCAACGAGGAGAACAAGGCAACGAGGAGAACGAAGGCAACGAGGAGAACAAGGCAACGAGGAGAAGAAGGCAACGAGGAGAAGAAGGCAACGAGGAGAAGAAGGCAACGAGGAGAAGAAGGCAACGAGGAGAAGAAGGCAACGAGGAGAAGAAGGCAACGAGGAGAAGAAGGCAACGAGGAGAAGAAGGCAACGAGGAGAAGAAGGCAACGAGGAGAAGAAGGCAACGAGGAGAAGAAGGCAACGAGGAGAAGAAGGCAACGAGGAGAAGAAGGCAACGAGGAGAAGAAGGCAACGAGGAGAAGAAGGCAACGAGGAGAAGAAGGCAACGAGGAGAAGAAGGCAACGAGGAGAAGAAGGCAACGAGGAGAAGAAGGCAACGAGGAGAAGAAGGCAACGAGGAGAAGAAGGCAACGAGGAGAAGAAGGCAACGAGGAGAAGAAGGCAACGAGGAGAAGAAGGCAACGAGGAGAAGAAGGCAACGAGGAGAAGAAGGCAACGAGGAGAAGAAGGCAACGAGGAGAAGAAGGCAACGAGGAGAAGAAGGCAACGAGGAGAAGAAGGCAACGAGGAGAAGAAGGCAACGAGGAGAAGAAGGCAACGAGGAGAAGAAGGCAACGAGGAGAAGAAGGCAACGAGGAGAAGAAGGCAACGAGGAGAAGAAGGCAACGAGGAGAAGAAGGCAACGAGGAGAAGAAGGCAACGAGGAGAAGAAGGCAACGAGGAGAAGAAGGCAACGAGGAGAAGAAGGCAACGAGGAGAAGAAGGCAACGAGGAGAAGAAGGCAACGAGGAGAAGAAGGCAACGAGGAGAAGAAGGCAACGAGGAGAAGAAGGCAACGAGGAGAAGAAGGCAACGAGGAGAAGAAGGCAACGAGGAGAAGAAGGCAACGAGGAGAAGAAGGCAACGAGGAGAAGAAGGCAACGAGGAGAAGAAGGCAACGAGGAGAAGAAGGCAACGAGGAGAAGAAGGCAACGAGGAGAAGAAGGCAACGAGGAGAAGAAGGCAACGAGGAGAAGAAGGCAACGAGGAGAAGAAGGCAACGAGGAGAAGAAGGCAACGAGGAGAAGAAGGCAACGAGGAGAAGAAGGCAACGAGGAGAAGAAGGCAACGAGGAGAAGAAGGCAACGAGGAGAAGAAGGCAACGAGGAGAAGAAGGCAACGAGGAGAAGAAGGCAACGAGGAGAAGAAGGCAACGAGGAGAAGAAGGCAACGAGGAGAAGAAGGCAACGAGGAGAAGAAGGCAACGAGGAGAAGAAGGCAACGAGGAGAAGAAGGCAACGAGGAGAAGAAGGCAACGAGGAGAAGAAGGCAACGAGGAGAAGAAGGCAACGAGGAGAAGAAGGCAACGAGGAGAAGAAGGCAACGAGGAGAAGAAGGCAACGAGGAGAAGAAGGCAACGAGGAGAAGAAGGCAACGAGGAGAAGAAGGCAACGAGGAGAAGAAGGCAACGAGGAGAAGAAGGCAACGAGGAGAAGAAGGCAACGAGGAGAAGAAGGCAACGAGGAGAAGAAGGCAACGAGGAGAAGAAGGCAACGAGGAGAAGAAGGCAACGAGGAGAAGAAGGCAACGAGGAGAAGAAGGCAACGAGGAGAAGAAGGCAACGAGGAGAAGAAGGCAACGAGGAGAAGAAGGCAACGAGGAGAAGAAGGCAACGAGGAGAAGAAGGCAACGAGGAGAAGAAGGCAACGAGGAGAAGAAGGCAACGAGGAGAAGAAGGCAACGAGGAGAAGAAGGCAACGAGGAGAAGAAGGCAACGAGGAGAAGAAGGCAACGAGGAGAAGAAGGCAACGAGGAGAAGAAGGCAACGAGGAGAAGAAGGCAACGAGGAGAAGAAGGCAACGAGGAGAAGAAGGCAACGAGGAGAAGAAGGCAACGAGGAGAAGAAGGCAACGAGGAGAAGAAGGCAACGAGGAGAAGAAGGCAACGAGGAGAAGAAGGCAACGAGGAGAAGAAGGCAACGAGGAGAAGAAGGCAACGAGGAGAAGAAGGCAACGAGGAGAAGAAGGCAACGAGGAGAAGAAGGCAACGAGGAGAAGAAGGCAACGAGGAGAAGAAGGCAACGAGGAGAAGAAGGCAACGAGGAGAAGAAGGCAACGAGGAGAAGAAGGCAACGAGGAGAAGAAGGCAACGAGGAGAAGAAGGCAACGAGGAGAAGAAGGCAACGAGGAGAAGAAGGCAACGAGGAGAAGAAGGCAACGAGGAGAAGAAGGCAACGAGGAGAAGAAGGCAACGAGGAGAAGAAGGCAACGAGGAGAAGAAGGCAACGAGGAGAAGAAGGCAACGAGGAGAAGAAGGCAACGAGGAGAAGAAGGCAACGAGGAGAAGAAGGCAACGAGGAGAAGAAGGCAACGAGGAGAAGAAGGCAACGAGGAGAAGAAGGCAACGAGGAGAAGAAGGCAACGAGGAGAAGAAGGCAACGAGGAGAAGAAGGCAACGAGGAGAAGAAGGCAACGAGGAGAAGAAGGCAACGAGGAGAAGAAGGCAACGAGGAGAAGAAGGCAACGAGGAGAAGAAGGCAACGAGGAGAAGAAGGCAACGAGGAGAAGAAGGCAACGAGGAGAAGAAGGCAACGAGGAGAAGAAGGCAACGAGGAGAAGAAGGCAACGAGGAGAAGAAGGCAACGAGGAGAAGAAGGCAACGAGGAGAAGAAGGCAACGAGGAGAAGAAGGCAACGAGGAGAAGAAGGCAACGAGGAGAAGAAGGCAACGAGGAGAAGAAGGCAACGAGGAGAAGAAGGCAACGAGGAGAAGAAGGCAACGAGGAGAAGAAGGCAACGAGGAGAAGAAGGCAACGAGGAGAAGAAGGCAACGAGGAGAAGAAGGCAACGAGGAGAAGAAGGCAACGAGGAGAAGAAGGCAACGAGGAGAAGAAGGCAACGAGGAGAAGAAGGCAACGAGGAGAAGAAGGCAACGAGGAGAAGAAGGCAACGAGGAGAAGAAGGCAACGAGGAGAAGAAGGCAACGAGGAGAAGAAGGCAACGAGGAGAAGAAGGCAACGAGGAGAAGAAGGCAACGAGGAGAAGAAGGCAACGAGGAGAAGAAGGCAACGAGGAGAAGAAGGCAACGAGGAGAAGAAGGCAACGAGGAGAAGAAGGCAACGAGGAGAAGAAGGCAACGAGGAGAAGAAGGCAACGAGGAGAAGAAGGCAACGAGGAGAAGAAGGCAACGAGGAGAAGAAGGCAACGAGGAGAAGAAGGCAACGAGGAGAAGAAGGCAACGAGGAGAAGAAGGCAACGAGGAGAAGAAGGCAACGAGGAGAAGAAGGCAACGAGGAGAAGAAGGCAACGAGGAGAGGAAGGCAACGAGGAGAAGAAGGCAACGAGGAGAAGAAGGCAACGAGGAGAGGAAGGCAACGAGGAGAAGAAGGCAACGAGGAGAAGAAGGCAACGAGGAGAAGAAGGCAACGAGGAGAAGAAGGCAACGAGGAGAAGAAGGCAACGAGGAGAAGAAGGCAACGAGGAGAAGAAGGCAACGAGGAGAAGAAGGCAACGAGGAGAAGAAGGCAACGAGGAGAAGAAGGCAACGAGGAGAAGAAGGCAACGAGGAGAAGAAGGCAACGAGGAGAAGAAGGCAACGAGGAGAAGAAGGCAACGAGGAGAAGAAGGCAACGAGGAGAAGAAGGCAACGAGGAGAAGAAGGCAACGAGGAGAAGAAGGCAACGAGGAGAAGAAGGCAACGAGGAGAAGAAGGCAACGAGGAGAAGAAGGCAACGAGGAGAAGAAGGCAACGAGGAGAAGAAGGCAACGAGGAGAAGAAGGCAACGAGGAGAAGAAGGCAACGAGGAGAAGAAGGCAACGAGGAGAAGAAGGCAACGAGGAGAAGAAGGCAACGAGGAGAAGAAGGCAACGAGGAGAAGAAGGCAACGAGGAGAAGAAGGCAACGAGGAGAAGAAGGCAACGAGGAGAAGAAGGCAACGAGGAGAAGAAGGCAACGAGGAGAAGAAGGCAACGAGGAGAAGAAGGCAACGAGGAGAAGAAGGCAACGCGAAGAAGACAAGGGAAAGAGUAA